GUUUCUGCGUGUUUUGGUUCUAAAGGGGGAAGUUGCGAGAAAAAGAAAGGAGGAGACCUGAUCGGCUCUGAUGAAAUAAUUUGUGCAACAAGAAAACUUUAGCAGCCCCGUUGUUGUCAAGACCCCCGCGUCAGAAAUCCCUGUCCGCAUUGUCGAACAGCUGUCAGUGGUGAUAGCAGCCCUUUCGAGCAGGACGCCGGUUGUGGUUCUGGUUCCUGGAACAGGACUCUGGGGCGAUUCGGUCAUGGCCAGUCGAGGUGGAGCCACGCGACCCAACGGGUCCAACGCCGCCAACAAAAUCUGCCAGUUCAAGCUGGUCCUGCUGGGGGAGUCGGCCGUGGGCAAGUCCAGCCUGGUGCUCCGCUUCGUUAAGGGACAGUUCCACGAGUUCCAGGAGAGCACAAUAGGGGCCGCUUUCCUGACCCAGACUGUGUGUCUGGACGACACAACGGUGAAGUUUGAGAUCUGGGACACGGCUGGACAGGAGCGCUACCACAGCCUGGCGCCCAUGUACUACAGAGGAGCCCAGGCGGCCAUUGUGGUCUAUGACAUCACAAACGAAGAGUCUUUUGCGCGAGCGAAAAACUGGGUGAAAGAGCUGCAGAGACAAGCAAGCCCCAACAUCGUCAUCGCCCUGUCCGGGAACAAGGCCGACCUGGCCAACAAGCGCGCCGUCGACUUCCAGGAUGCACAGUCGUACGCUGAUGACAACAGCUUGCUGUUCAUGGAAACAUCGGCAAAGACCUCAAUGAACGUCAAUGAAAUAUUCAUGGCAAUCGCGAAACGGCUGCCCAAGAACGAGCCGGCGGCUGCCAGUGCGACCAGCGGGCGGAACCGGGGGGUGGAUUUAACGGAAACGGCCCAGCCCGCCAAGGCCCCCUGCUGCAGCAACUAACCAGCCCCGCCCCUUCUUAUAGCCCUGCCCCUUCUUAUAGCCGCCCCUUUCAUCUUCCCAGCCCCGCCCCUUCUUAUAGCCCCGCCCCUUCUUAUAGCCCCGCCCCUUCUUAUAGCCCUGCCCCUUCUUAUAGCCCUGCCCCUUCUUAUAGCCCUGCCCCUUCUUCCCCACGCCCCUUUCAUCUUCCCAGCCCUGCCCCUUCUUCCCCACGCCCCUUUCAUCUUCCCAGCCCCGCCCCUUCUUAUAGCCCUGCCCCUUCUUCCCCACGCCCCUUUCAUCUUCCCAGCCCCGCCCCUUCUUAUAGCCCUGCCCCUUCUUUCCCACGCCCCUUUCAUCUUCCCAGCCCCUCCCCUUCUUACAGCCCCGCCCCUUUCAUCUUCCCAGCCCUGCCCCUUCUUUCCCACGCCCCUUUCAUCUUCCCAGCCCCGCCUCUUCUUUCCCACGCCCCUUUCAUCUUCCCAGCCCCUCCCCUUCUUACAGCCCCGCCCCUUUCAUCUUCCCAGCCCUGACCUUUCUUCCCCACACCCCUUUCAUCUUCCAAGCCUCGCCCCUUUGGCAUAGCCCCACCCCUUCAUAUACUCAGCCCCGCCUUUUCCUCCUCCUACCUCCCACCCCUUCCUCCUCCUAGAUACACCCCACACCAGACCUCCUAACUCAAUAACAUCCGGACCUUGUGGGGGUGCCCUUCUUCACAAACUCCCCUUCCCCCCCCCCCCCCCCCCCCCCCCCCCCCCCAGGAAUAGCUAGAGACUGUACAGCUGUGUUUCUAAUACAAAAUGUCUUUUGGGAUUUAUUUUUUUUCCCUGUUUCUUUGUUUUAAUUUUUUUUUUUUUUUUUUUUUAAUUUGACUUCUUUUUUUAAAUGUUCUUCAGAGUUACAGAUGCACGUGUCACUACAAGGUCUAAAGAAAAGUAAAGUUUUAACUUUGUUCCGCAGCAGAAAAAGAAAAGUACGAGAAGGAGAAAGAGAAGGGGGGGGGGAAUUAAAGUGUGUCUCCUCACCCCCCUGCCCCCCGAGACAACAUGGUGUACAGGUGACAUGGAAGAUGUGAAGAAAGUGUAAAUGGUGAUUGCAUCUUGUCCACCGAGCGUUCGGGGGUUUGGUUAGGGAGGGAGAGAGGGAGGAAGGUGAAAGUGUUGGACUCUGAUCUUGUCGUUUUUUUUUUUUUGUUUUUUUUUUAAACUGUUCAUCAUCUUUACGUACUCGGACAUCUGAACGCAACGUGAAGUAGCGGCAUAGUAACCGUGGCGAUGUGACUGCGGCCUCUCCAUUGCGCUCACAACUGCUACAAACCAAUCAGAAGACUGCUCUCUAUUUAAAAAAAGCCCUGUGAUUGGUCAAGGACUGGGUGGGGGUGGGGGUGGGGGUGGGGGGAGGGGGGGGGGGGAUUUGGGGGUGGCAGCACACGCUCGCUCCACCUGCUUUAGUUUUUUGUCAGGUGCCUCCUCUCGGCCUCUUAACACCUACCGCCCCCCCCCCCCCCCGGUCCUGUGUGGAAAUGGGAGUGGGGGGGGGGUGAGCAGUACACGAGCGUUCAUUUCGGAUUUAUCUGUCAUUGUGGCCUGCCAGGGCUCCCCGGUACCCCCAAAUUUUCUGGGUCUCCUUUUAAAGAAGAAGCAGUAAUGUAUAGCCACCCCUCUCCCCCCCCUCCCCCACGCCCCUCUUCCACAUGCACACAAGUACACACACACGCACUUACACGCACACCUGUUGAUGUCUGUUAAGAGUCAGUAACUCGGACGGGUUUGAUGCCUUGCACUAACGGCACUUAUGAAUAUUCCUUGUCAUAAUUGCAGCCGAAGUGGUAAAUAUAUAUAUAAAUAAUAUACUGUAAAUAGGGUGUUGCAAUGUAGUCUACUUUUCAAUUUAGGAUUCACAGGACUAAUGCUUGCUUAGGGAGUGGUCUAGGAAAAAAAAAACAAUCUGGAAGCAGCUCUGCUAUGGGCUUUGGACCUUUUUUUGUCCCAUGAAAUGGUUCAGUUAUAAUCAGUGGUGGUCUAUAAAUGUAGUGUUAUUAACCAAUGAACUUGCGUUUCUUUAGUGGUCUGUCUUGUACUUUUUCUCAACGACAACGGCGACGACGACAAAAAACUUAAAAAAACAAAAAACAAUGUCCUGGUUUAUAUUUUUGAUUUCUUCUGCUGUGUGUGAUGAGAGACAAUGAUGCCCAGUCAAUUUUCCACCUUGUAGACCUGAACUGUAUUGUUAUAUUGGAUUAUUAGUAAUUCUGCUAUAACGAGACUUAAGUAGCUGAACUGAUUAACCGGCCGGCGCGCGCCCUUUUACACUGCUAUUGUAAUGAUGUAACAAUGUUAACGGCGAAGGACUGAUCAGUUCUAAUGUUCAGGUACCGAUUUAUGAAUAAAUAAUUUAAUAAACAGGGA